GACCCGAGGGCCACGUUGAGGGUUGAUGGGGGCCGCAUGUGGCCCCCCCGGGCCGCCAGUUGCACACCCCUGCUCUAUAAUAUUGCAAUUCAAAUACAAAAGGGUACAAGAUGCUAAAAUGUGUAGGUAUAAUGCAAACUAAGUAGACUUCAGGUAAAUCAGUAUUUUAAAAAAAAAUCUUGUAAUAUAUUGAUACGUGUUUACACACCGAAAAUAAUGCACAACAUCUGAACAAUUAUGAACAUGGAUUUAUAAACACUGAUUAAAAUGAAGUUACUUUUUGUCUACUUGGGAAUGAGCCGAGGUUCAGUCGUCUAUUAAUGAGGUCAUCGGGGGUCAAGGAGGCGGAUUCAAAGUAAGUAGAAGAACAUUUGAAAAGCUGCAUAUUAUAUAUUAAAAAAAAAAGAAAUGCUUGCUUGUGAGCUGGAAAACAAAACAAUUGAAUACUUUAAAAUGUUAAGUGUUUAUUUCCUCUUUCAGGAGCCGAGGCUUUACCCAGAUUGUGUCGUUAACUACUAACAUACUCUCAAAUUAUUUUACGUUAAGGUUAGCUUAACUUUUUUUUUUUUCUUUUUGCUAGCGUGAACUUACGAAAUGAGCUUUUAUAAUAACGCACGAAACUUACUUCUUGGUGUUUUAAAUACAUUGUUUAAUAGCCGAAUCUUAUUUUGUCGUACGUUUUAUAAGCUUAUAAAUACAAAAUAUACUUCGUACAAAUGGAACAUUAUUGAAAGACGAUGUUAACAAUUAGUUUUCAGACAAGUAAUGUGUGUCCAUCCCAUCUACAGACUGAGGAUGUCCUUUUUCUCAUCUUAUAAAACCCUCCAUGUGUCACCCUCGUACAGAGAGCACACCUGUGACUCUGAGGAGGUGAGUCAAAGUGUAUGUUUGACACAUGACCAGGGGCAGAUGUUGGGACCUGAGCUUGGUGUGGUGGAGAUGUCCGAGGUGGAUUAUUCUCACCUUCAGCAUCUUAUUCAGUCACAAAUGGAAACACAAGCUGCACCUCGAGACGGAUCGGAUGCGAGAGCGCCACCUGACGCAGACGUAGAUGAAGACACAACUGGAUCCCCGGUGAUUUCUCCCUACACGACCACCCAAGCUAUGGACCUGUCGACCUCCACCGAUGAGCCCAGCCUGUUGAUGCCUGGAGAGAAGACACCGGCAUCUUUUGGUGAAGUCCCGGGGUUUGUGCUGGCCAGAAUGAGAGGGGAAGGCAAUACGACUGAACCACGCACCAACAGCAGCAUAUCUUCACAGAAGCGAUCAGCUGCCAGAGUCUGCUUGGAGACGAGGUUCAACACAGUGUCUGCUGAUACUCCAAGACAUUUUUUGACGAUACUUCAGCAGUCCUCGGAGAAUCAAGAAGCUGUUACACAUUCUCAAAUGCAGAAGUGGAUGAAAACAGACAGAGCAAAUCCUUUUGAGGUUUCCUGCCCAUUUGUAGGAGGUGUAUUCAACCCAGUCACCAACAUGUGUGAACAAGUGAUUAACCAUCUUCCUCACAUGAAUGACCCUAAGCAUCAGGGUUCAAACAGUCCGAAGAGUUUAUCAUUAAGUCUUCGAGCGGACAGGGUGUUCAAAAAAGCUCACUACACAAGUAGAAGCAACAUGGCGGAGAAUCAGCAGUCGGUGAACACAAAAGCUGAUGUGGCAACUUCUGCUGCCUCCAGGAAGCUUGGUAUCGCCCGCAACACUCAGCCCAUGAAGGGUGCCAAGGCUGCACCAGACUCUGUUGUAGAGUCAGGAAGCGGCUCCAGGAAAAAAUCUCGAUCUUCUAUUUCACCGAGCCGCCGUAGGGAGAGACAUAACAGUAAGGAGAGGGAACGCAGGAAGAGGAUCCGUCUGUGCUGCGAUGAGCUGAACCUGCUGGUUCCGUUCUGUAACUUGGAUACCGACAAAGUCACGACCUUGCAGUGGACCACCACCUUCCUCAGAUACAUCAGUGAUACCUACGGGGACACCUUCAAAGAGGAGUUCAAAAUGGCCUUCAGCAACGAAAAGGAACUCUUUCUAAAAUCCCGCCCUUCUCCAGGCCAGGACCUGAUGCACCAAGAGAUGGAUGAGACCCUCACCAUUCCUCUUGUUGUAGAGCAGUAACGCCUCACUGUUAAUUCUAAUUAACACAACAGAUGUUUGUAUAGGUUUUAAUUUAACAUUUGGGGUUUCCUCCAAGGUGUGGCUGUAGGAGAGUUCAAUGUGAUGUUAUAUUUUCACUGACAAAAAGCAUCCCCCCCUUUGCAUCUACAUGACAGUUCUAUAGAUUUGGAACUUUGUUGGUUUUCUCCACCUGGAUCUAAAAAACCAGAUAGUGUCAAGUUUGUGUUUCAACUGAUGAACUUUUUCCUGCCACUAAACUAUACCUAGGGCCUACUUUUUAAAAAGAGCAAUUCAAAAAGUCAUACAUAGGUGGCACUGUUUCUCUUUGAAAAAAACAUAUGAGAUAAGAUAAUACUUCUAAAUAUGUAAUACAUUUUGUAAAUUUGAUUCAAUUUUUAUUAUUGAUUCAAAUGGUUUUCUAACACUUCAGUUACACUCUGUUCAUACAUGUUGUUCAGGUUACAUGUUGAAGGCUUUUGCAUGGAAAUAAGUGUUGCUAUUUAGUGAAUUAACGGGAUCAUUUAACCUCACUGUGUUACCAUCUUACUCUGAAAUACAGACUGUUCAUUUGAUAUGUAGAGAAGAGUAAUGUUUUACUGAAAAGUGGCUU